GACUCCGAUGCUCUAAGUGUUUUGUGUCGUAGUUGAAAUUAGUGUUUUCGAGAUAAAUAAGUGUUCCCAGUGUUCAGCUACAAUGAGUCGAUCGUGUAAUGGCACUAUAGCUUUCGUACCAGACCCGGAACCAGAGAUGGGGGCAAUUCCAGUCUAUCAGAUCAACAUACCGUGUGGUAAUUGCAGUUCGCCGGAUUAUACAUUGGAAAUUAAAACUAAUGAUAUUUCCUACUAUGGGUUUAAUGUUCGAUCGGUUGUCGAAACCUGUGAAACGAUCAUAAAAGAAUACUUAAGAAGGCAACGCAUCGAGCGCAACUCAGCUCUGUAUCAGAGUUUGAACAUGCUUGAUCCUCGCAAACCUUUUUCAUGCGGCAGCAAUAUCAGCAUUUCCAGUAGCAGCGAUGAAGAUCUUCUGUUAGAUCACAGUGAUAAGCUCUUCGAGUCCGUGAAUCAGAUGAGUUUUCAACGAUCAAAGUCGACCAAAAAAAUGACAGACGGAGCAUUCCUAAUAAUUUCACCCGUGAUUGGUGGUUGGAACUUCAAUACUUUAAAGAAUUACAUCUUGAAAGUGUUUCGUGUAGAAUGCAUUCACACUAAAUCGAUUUUGGAUUCCCUUGCUAAACAAAGCAAAUUUGACGUCAUUAUCAAAUUUGAUACUAGCAGCGAUCUUAACACAGUACUUUCGCGCUUAAGACAAGAUAACAUUAACGAUAAAUUUUUAUUUUUAUCAUUCGAAAAAACCAGCUUCGGUGAUGACGACUCCGAUUCGAGUUCGGACGAUUCGAGAUGCGAUUUCUGAACCAUGUUUUCGGAAGAAGUUUAAAUCUUCAUAACGUUGGUGGCAAGUCAUCAUUCGUAAUUAUGUUAUGGAGUUUAAGCUAUCUUAUCCGAUAAUAUUAUAUAUUCAAGUAAUAUAUAAACCACUUACAUGUUUUAAACAUUUAACGUAGACAAGCAAAACAUACGAAAAUGUAAUACUCUAUGUGUCCUACUUAAAUUAUUGUAUCUCUAUCUCUAUUGUAAUACUCUCCAGACUACGGUCGGUUGCUCUUAGGCGGUCUAGGACUGAAGUCCAAGGUCCUACGUGUUGCUGCCUCAGAGGCAGUUAAAUUAGCAAUUAAGCAAAAAUAAUAUAUUAUCUAAAUGGUGAAUGAGGGUGGAAGUGAGACUUCAAUGACGAGUGAUUUUAAGAACGUUGUAGUUGAUGUUCCUUAAAGUAUAACUUUAUGUAAGGUAGAUAUACCAUAAAUAACGUUCUUACUAAUAAAUAUUGUAUAGCAAUAAACGUAUACAUACAUUUGUUAUACAAAAUUUAUUAGUAAAGUAAUAAAUGUAUAAGUUUUUUCUUGUAUACGAGUAUAAGUCAAAUAAAGAAAUGGAUGAAAUGUAAUUUAUUUUAUAAAUAUAUUGGCAUUGUGUAUUUAUCUUUUGGAAUAUCUACGAAUUUCUUACGUGUCUAUAAAUAAAUCUUAUAUAUCUACUUGUAAUCAAAUAUUCUUCAUGUAAUCAAUCAAAUGUACUAGAUGAUAGAUAUAUGUGUAUAGCAUAAGGUUUCGGAAUCUGAUCAAAAUUUUUAAAUGUAUUCAA